CGGAUUCGGAGGUUGUUGGAUUUUUUUAAAGGCUGAAGCAAUGGUAGAAAUUUGGUAGUUCGAAUACCAGAUUUAUUUCCACUGUUCACUUUAUUUUGUGAGGAUAUAUAUAUCCGAUUGGAUUUAAAUGUUUGUAAAUUUUGCUUUUGAGUAAAAUCUAAGACUUCCGCGGGCGCCAUGAGCAGACGGACCUUCCUCGUUCUGAUUUUGUCCCUCCUUAUUCAGGGUAGUCUUCAACAAUACGGGCAUCUGGAGGAUCCACCCGCGCGCGGAUCUAUGUGGCGGUAUGGAUUUAACACCCCUGUUAAUAAUGAGGACAAUUCCUUGAAUUGUGGAGGAAAACAGGUUCAAAUGAAGAACCAGGGACGAUGUGGGGUCUGUGGCGAUGCCUACGAUGGAGUUCGUGCGCAUGAAUAUGGAGGUCAAUACGCCACUGGACUCAUAUCUAAAUCAUUCCCUCUAGGAACGGAGCAUAUACAAAUCAUUGUCCGAAAUGUCAGUCCACAACUUGGAAGUUACGAAUUUCGGUUAUGCUCUAAGGAUAAUCUUCCAGGAGGGGUAACUCAGGCGUGUCUGGAUCAGAACGUGCUGUUAGUGAAGGAUGACACUUUAGUGAAUUCUGAUUUUCGAUCAAGGUACUAUGUGACCCCGUCCAUUAGGAACGUGCUUAAUCAUAAAAUAAUUGCCAAGCUUCCAACUGGAUUUACCUGUGAACAUUGUGUAUUACAAUGGAAAUUUUUAUCAGUACCAGACAGAGAUGGAUAUAGGGAGGAAUACGUAAACUGUGCCGAUAUAAGCAUUGGGCGGAAACCAUCUAUCACAGGAACGGGGACCGUUUUUCAGGAAUCGGUAACUGUGGGUACCAACAAUACAGUAAAUGAUUCAUUAGCAGACAUGUCUAAUUCGGAACUUCUUGAAGCAUUACUUGUUUUAGCGGACAUAGAACCAGUGCCAAACAAAGUAACACCGCUUUCAAAUCCACUGAGCCCUGGUACGCAGCAAGAAAAAAAUAUUCCAAAGCAUGAACAAUUGAUACAACAGUUGCAAAGUUUGGGUGUUCUUGUACCGAUUGAUUCCCCAAAUCAAGGAGGUCCGAAUGCAAUAGAUGCACUGCGUUCGCAACCAGAUCCCAAUGUAAAUCCUGACUAUUUUUUGGAACAGUUACAAGAUCUAGGAGUAUUGGUGCCUGUCGAUCCUACUCCGUCUUCUGGAUUGCAAACAGCAAAGACAGCUCCUUCUAGACAAACGUCUUCCUCUGCUAACACUAUACAAUCCUUUGUUCCAGAUUUCGUCCAAAUUCCUUCAUCUUCUUCUCCAGAACAACUCGUUCAACCUUUAAAAGAUAUUGGUGUAUUGGUUCCCGUUGAUGAAGUUCUUGGCUCAGGACAGUCUGGUCAACAUAGUUUUAACAAACAAAACACUAAAAUACAAAAUGUUCAAGAAAACGAACUUACAAAACAAUUGCAUGGAUUGGGAGUAAUUGUUCCAGUUGGACAUGUUAUUCAGUCUCCAAAUUCACCGACCAAUAAGGACUCUCAAGCUGUCUCUGUGAACAAUAUUCAAUUAGUUGCUUCUAGGCCAGACAACAUAAAACCAACAAAUUCAUUUUCUUCUAGUACAAGAAAUUUUCAAUCUAAUAAUUUUCAGUCGUCUCAAAAAUCACAAAACACACGAAAUCAACAUCGUACAUCUCAGCUUGGUGACAUUUUCAAUUCUAAUGUUGUACGUCAAAAUCAAAUAUCACGAUCUCAACAAAUGCAGGAAAAUAAUUCUAAGUUUAGCUCUUCUCAGAGUGAAAUGACAUCUUUCUUAUCGCCAACAAAAACAGAAACUCAAAUGGAAUCAUCGCAAACGUUUUCAUCUUCCUCGUCAUUCCGAAGCAGUGGAUUUACUGUUACUAGUGGGAGUGAGAUGAUUCGUGGGGAACCUCAGGAGGUAAAUCCUAAAUUUGGAAAUUUUGGAAGUGUUCAAAGUAGAGAUCGACAGCAAUCAAUAGGAAGAACAAUGCAGAGUAGUAAUCAAAAGUUAUCUACUGCAAACCAAAUUCAAAGCUCUGCCUCGGGACAAAAUACAAUUGGGUCACCAAAUGAUUUGAAAAGGUUUCAGAGCAAUCAAUUGUCAAAUUCCGCCAACUUUCAGCAAGGAAAUAAUUUUGCGAUCAGUCUUUCUUCAGAGGGUUCUUCGAACAACUUGUCACCAUCAGUUUGGCAAAGGCAAAAUAGUCCUCAUUCUUUGUCUCAAAAUUUUCAGAGCAGCACUGCUGAGGUAGGUAACUUCGUACUUAGUGGUAAUAACAAGAAUUCGUUGUCACAAAAUGGCAGAGCUUUCCUCGGAGAUGUUGUACAAGGGUCAGAUAAUAGAAAUAAUGGAGUUCAAAUUUCAUCCAAAUCAGACAGCACUCUCUCCAGCCCUGCUGGAUCACUAAGUUCGAGAAACCCCUCACAAUCAAAGAAAUUUCAGACCCAGGAAAGCCGUACAUCUCAAAUAAUUUCUGGUGCCAACUUGUCUGGAAAUAUUGAGAAUGAAAAGAAUACAUUUUCAAAAGAUACGCCUGCUAGUGCACCAAUAAAGAAGUCGAAAAUGGAUCCAAUUGACAAUGCCCUAAAUUUAUCAGCUUCGACGUCUGUUAAGCAAAUAGAAGAGGGACAAACGGUAUUUAGUUCAUCAGCAAUUUCAGACGCAUUUGGAAAUGUUGCAAAAACAACAGAAACUGGACCGUUCAGUAUUCGGGAUAAACAACAUUCAGAAUCAAAGACUGUAGAAUUCGGAUCAUCAAAACAUCUUGAGAGCACGACAUUAUCUUUUUCAAAUAUCUUUUCUGACAAAAAUAAUGUACUUGCAAACACUAAUACAGAAAUUGACACACUCGGGAUAAAUUUCUCAAAAACGAAGUCAAUAGCUGACAAUUUAAAAUCCUUGGAAAACACAAAUUCUAAAACUGAUAUGUUUGCAAACAUAGAGACAUCUAGCAUAUCACCAAAAGUAGAUCUAAAUAGCAACAUAAUAAACACAGAAGCUGAGGUAUUAAACCCAACACUCGUGAACUCCGAAGGAAAUUUGUUUCGAAACUCUACAAAUAGCCUCAUAAGAUCUGCAAAUAUAACAACAACUAAUGAGAACAACAUUGUGAAGGAAAAGAAUCCAAAUUCAGCGAAACCUGUUAUGAACAUGCAGAGUACCCUAGCUCCCCCAACACCAGAAAAUGGAAAAGAAAUGUUAACAAUCCAAGUUCCGUCGCUUGAUAUGCUUAUGCCUAUACAGUUAACAACACCACCUCUUAUUAAAAGUAGUCCUAUAAUAACGACAAUCCAAUCUGUGAUUGAUGUAACAAAAGCACCUACGGAGAAUUUAAAUCCAUCUCCACUUUCCACUGUUGGUCCAUCUUUCCGCCAAAUACCACUAGAAUCCAUCAACAACUCACCUGCGUUCCCCACUGUUGAUAAAUCUAAACACACCUCAGCUUCAGUUGCAUCCUCUCUUCCGAACACGGUGAAAAAAGCUUGGGGUACCAAAGAAAGAUUGAUUGAUCAGCAAGGAAAGGAGAGUACUUGGGUGUCACCGAAUGAACAUAAAAAUCCUCAGUCAGUUCUUUCACAUAAAGUCCUUGAUCCAUCGUUUGACCCGAAUAUACUCGUACAAAGCACAUCUGAGAGCACAGUUCAAAAUAUGCCAGUGAGAAAUAGUCAUAUCAACGUGCACAAUAUCCGUCAUAAAUUAGACCCUGCUUUGUUUGGUAUUGGGGCCGUCCCUAGAUUUGAUGCACCAAUCCAAACGUCUAAAGUAGUUUCUCCUAUUGCACAUCAAACCAUGCGCCCCUUGAACCCCAUUAGUUUUCCGUCUAAACAAUCACAAGUAUCAUUCAGGAGGCAUGGCUUAACUGUACAGAAAUCAGUUGUCCAAACAAAAUCUGUUCAGAGCCAAUCUUCAUCUGUACCUCUUCCACCUUUGAAUAAUCUUUUUAAAGAUUCAAGACCUAUUCAAAGACCAAAAACCAAAGCUAUUCAAAGACCAACGACACCAAAGACUAUUAACCAAUCAGGGAGUAGAUCAAAUCAUCAAGCGAGUCCGCAACAAAUACCUGAAAAUACUGCGCGGGUAGAAGUUGUCGUUCAAAACCCUGCAGAUUCAAUAAAAUUCUUUUCGACUAUAAAUAGUUUUCCUCCGGAACGAAGAAGAAGAAUACUGAAUAUGCUCAGACAAAACCGCAUCACAAAUUUACAAUUUACAAAUCCUCAGAUGAUUACACAUUUAGCUAAUAUGCACGUGCAGAGGUUUCCAAAUCGACCACGACCAACCGCAGCUCAGAUUUCUCAUUUCAUACAGAGACUCUCAUCUACCCCAAAUGGUCGACGUCUUCUGAAUCAAUGGAGGCAAAGAGUAGUAAAUAGAUUCCAACCACCUCAAAGAUUAGAAACAAUUGCACCACCAAUUAUUGUUCAAGCAACUGCAACCCCUAAACGUGAAAAUUCAUCUAGAAGUACUUCCACAUCGAACAAUUCUCAAAAUACAACUUCGACUUUAGAGGCAUUUUUCCAACAAAGAGUACCAGUUGCAAAUGCGCGGCAACAAUUUAACUCAGCAGUAAAUCUGGUUCGACAACUUCAGCGUGAACAACAGGCCGAAGAAUUAUUACAGCAACAAUUACAGGACUAUACAAGAAACGGGCAAUUUUCUUUGGCAAGAACCGUGAUUAAUACAUUGCAGUUGCUCCAAAGAAGAAGAUCUGGAUUACUUCAACAAAUUCAGGAGCUAAGACGUGAGAUGCAAACAUCUAGCAAUAUGCUACAGUCAGAAAUGAUCGCAACACAAAACCAAAGAUCAGUUCUGCAGUCAUCGAGACGUUCCGUAUCAAGCAGAUCCUUAACGCCUUCACCUCGUUCACAACAAAGGCAACAAUCGUCCGCACCUUCUACUCCACCGCCUAGGCGUGAACAGGUACCCAUUCAACAACAACUUGCACGUCAACAGUCGUCACGUCAACUCAUGAACAGAAACUUACUUCAACAAGUUCUCGCCAAUAGACAAACACCUGCAGGUAGUCUUUCUAAUCAACCAAGAACACUCAAUAAUAGGAACGCCCGUCUCCGAAACAUGCUCAGAGGGGCUCAACGUAAUCCUUUUGCUGGCAUAAACAGAAGCCAAUUCAGACCAGGAUUUUCAGUUAAUAACAGACAAUUCUUUGGAUGAAUUCGUAUGGCUAAUUAUGUUUUCAAAUACAAGAAUUCCAUAAACGUCUUAGAAACGGAGAAGAGAUGCAUGUUGUAAAGGAUUUAAUUUAACGUUCGACCUUUCGCAUUGGAAGAGUUGCAUCCCUUAUAUAAUUCUUCGACUGUUAAUUCUUGGGCUAGGUGAAUUCGUUGGUGUGAGAACAGCGAUCAAAUAUGACUGUUUAGGUGCCAAUCUAAUUAAGAAUAGAAACAAGAACGAAUACAUCGACUUGCGUAUAAUAAGGCCUUGUCUCAUCUGUAUCAAGAUCGCUUAUAUAUUCUUUAUUUACUUUUCAUUGAAUGGAAACGAAAUACGUGCAUUCUUUUUCAUUGAUCUAUUUCAAAAUGUCAUGACCUUGCAAGAAUCUUGGAAACUUCACGUUUAUUUAAUUUAAUUUUAAUUUUAUACUGGCACCUAGAUUCAACAUAGAAGUAAUUUUACUUCACACACAAGAGAAAGUAAUAUAAGAAAACCAAGUCUAUCUACCUAGACCCCAUUAACGAAAACAAUCGACUUUCUUCGUAUUAUAUAUAACUGGAGAAUACAAAAAGUAUCCAGGCAUUUUAGAGACCCAUAACUUUCGGAGACUAGGACAGACUGCCAUUAGAACUCAGGAAUAUGUGCAAUAUCACUUGUUGUUUAUUGUUACUGUUGUUAUAUCAUAGUAUUUAUUUUUCAUCUCCAUAUGAUUUUAUCAUUCCUUAAUUUCAUAAUUCAUCUCAUUGUAGCAUAUCUGUCACACUCACAAUGCCAUUAUUCACUUUGAUUCAAAUUAAUUGAAAGAAAGGGCGGACAAGACUUUAGGUGUAUAUGAAAUUAUCAUGAACAAUCUACAUAUUUUGUUGAGAUAAUUCAUCAAUGUAACUAUAUUAUUCCCAAAGAAUGCAGAAUAAAAAGUUUGAUUGAAGAGUUUAUCAAAUGAAUGAAUAUUCUGUUUAUUAAUUAAAAUAUA